AUGGCCACCCAUACUACUACGCUCAGCCACGGAGUUAAUGCUACCGCUCGACCUCCCGAGACCACAGACACCCAAGGCGUCUCGUCCCGCCGCUUGAAGAAGCGGGAAAUCGACCGACGAUGCCAACGUCAAGCCCGCGAACGCACGAAGUCCCGCAUUGCCUACCUCGAAGGCCUGGUGGAGGAUUUCCGGCGCCAGGAUUCGAGCGGUCAGAUCGCCACGCUGAUGAAGCAGUUACAAGAGGUGGAGUCAGAGAGAGACCUGAUGGCCAAGACCCUCAAGGACAUCCAAAAGGCAAUGGACAUACACAAGCCGACAAAGCCGGUCGAGGAAGAGGUGGACGACAAGAGCACAGUGCUAAUGGCGAGAAUGGCCUAUGAAGAGGCCAGUAGUGUCGAGCGGCGAAGUUCCAGUCUUACUCCUACCCGAGACGACGCUCCUCUAGCCUUCCAGCCCGACCCCCUCGAUAUGCAAUCGGCCACCAGUCCGGCGAGGAACUUCGACCUGGCCACCUUCUCGCCAACACCAAGCUUGCCGCUGCAGUCCCAGGAUCUUCUCUUUGCCCCAGAAGUGGUGCCCUUGCAGACCGAUGGCACCCGUGCGUCCGCUCAAGUCAUGGUGCAAUCCAAGGCUGUGAAAGAACAGAACCCGAUGCCGUGCAGCUGGAGCGACAACUGGGCGAUUCCGCGACGAUCCUGCUCGUGCAACAGCUGCCACGAGCGUCGCCCUGGCCGUCGCUCCGUCUGGCGGGGAAACUACUGGAGCUACGCAAACGAAGUGCUAAGCGAACGCUUCGAAUGGAACGAAGAAGUGGCCCCGGAAUCUGAUGAGCUGUGCGACGACGUGCCGAUUCGCGCAUUGAUCGAGGGCUGGGACGCCGUGGCAAAGCGAGCUCCCUUGCACCCUUCAUGGCAGAUCCUGCGCCGCAUCGACGAGACCCUGUUCUCCAUGUGUCCCAACACCGAACGUCUGGCAAUCCUGCGCGCAAUGCACACGCUGUUGCAAUUCCACACCGAGUCAACAUUCGACCGCUAUGCACGACUCCCGCCGUGGUACAUGCGUCGCCCGUCCCAGAAGAUCGCUCACUCUUACGCAAUCGACUACUUCGCGUGGCCGGGCGUGCGGGAACGGUUCAUCUUUAAUGAACACGACUACUGCGGCAACGACUUUUGGCAUUUAUUCUGCAAAUCCUUUCGGAUCUUGUGGCCUUAUGAGUUUCGAGACUGCUAUACUCGGGAGAUUGAGACGGGCAUGUACAAGUUCUCCCCAAUCUUUGAUCAGCGACUGAGGGACAUCAAGUGUUGGACAAUGGGACCUGAUAUCUUCCAGAGGUUUCCAGAGCUGUACAGCGAUAUGCCGGCGUUCAACCAUAUUCCACAGUCCCCGUGUUCGUCCGCAGGGAGCAUCAUGCCAGUCUCGGUGCAGACGCAUGUACAGAAGGCGAGGCUACUUCCGCCGACCCCGCCGGCGAAGACAACCCAGACUACCGGGACGGGCUACGUGAUCGAGGAGGAAGAGGAAGAAGUAAAGCCCCCUCCGGCAGGCAGCCAAUUUAUCCCCGUUGAGAACUUGCACACGCAUGUCGUUCAGACACCUCAGCCACAGCCACAGCCUCCUCGUCAGCAACAACAUCAUCGGCAACACCAGCAGCAUCACCACCAAGGCUCGCCUUUGGAUAAUCCCCAUGCGUACAACCCAUCAGACUUCAACCCGAUCAUGGCGCUAGACGCGUUCGCAUAUGGCGCCAUCAGUGAGGUGGACUUUGCGAAUGCGUAUCAUUCUGAACCGAUGGAGGGGUAUCCGAACCUGAUCUUCUGA